UCAUAAUGACGUCACCGUCGGGUAGUCAUUGCUACCGUUAAACGUUACUAUUAAAUUUUUUCUGUACUUUGCUUUUAAAACCAAGUGCAACGGGAUAAUACCAAGCUAUUUUCUCACUUUUAAAAAAUAUAUAUCCUCUGGUUAAAUGAAGAACCGUACUGAAUCAACGGAAAACUUGGGUAUAUGCUCCAGGGAAGCAUGUCGAAAACAUUUCACACCCGACACUUUACUAUUGGAAUAUGAUAAGCCUAUUCAUUUUGUUCAGUCUCAGUUUGAGUGUGGAAGAAACUACUAUAUAGUAUGGCGUGUCUCUUGGGCGAUAUAUCAUGUUGCUUGCGUUAUCGGAACUGGAAUACUGAUGAAAAACAAUGACGGAGGCACUGAUGCGAGAUGGUUUAUAUAUCUGACUAACUGGAGUUAUACAAUGCUGACACUGGACACGUUACUGCAGUUCAUUGCAAUUAUCUAUGUCAAUAAACGACGGGAAGAUAUAAUAUACGAUGCCUGUUCACAGAUGCCGUGGUUUCUCAAGGCCAUAUGGUGUAUUUAUAACGUCAGCAACUGUUCUGCUCUGGUCGUUACGCUACUCUACUGGAGUUUAUUACAAGACGUUUCUUUCGGAAACAUUGUCGUGCACCUUCUGAACGGAGUCUACGUGGUCGUGAACAUGCCCCUGACUGCGAUUCCAGUCCGCAUUUACCACUUCUACCAGCUCAUGAUAUUUGGUACCGCGUAUGUAAUGUUCUCUUACGUGUAUGAAACGGCGGGCGGUAUCGGUUAUAAUGACGAGAAGUACAUUUAUCCGCAAAUGGCAUGGAAGUACCCAGAGAUUGCUAUAACAUACUCUGUCCUUGGCGUGUUUGUUGCGAUUCCAGUGUGCCAUGCAUUCUUCUUCUUGAUGUACUGGACUCGGGUUACGGUGUACGAGCGCAAUCUACAACGAACUGUGGCAGUCAUAGAUAGUGAAACAGCCGCAGCCAUCAAGAGGUCUGAUAAAUCCAUCACCACCACGAGGACUGAAAGUUGCUGAUUGUUCUACUACUAUAACUAUACCCCAUUAAACGUUCUUAGUGUACUUUGGCCAAGGUUGGGAUAGGUGGCCGUUGCAAAACAAAGAACUGUAGCCCGCCAUGAACACUGCUGAAACCGUGGUCAUCAUAAAGCCUGAUUGGGACUGACUGUUCUACUACUACUACUACUACUACUACUACUACUACUACUACUACUACUACUACUACUACUACUACUACUACUACUACUACUACUACUACUACUACUACUACUACUACUACUACUACUACUACUACUACUACUACUACUACUACUACUACUACUACUACUACUACUACUACUACUACUAGUAGUAGUAGUAUAUUAUAUUGUUAUAUUUUAGUGAUUAAUUUAUCCUACUAAACUGUAUUGUACUUAAUUAUUUCUUCUUCCAGCUUCCGUGGAGAUAAAUGCCAUAAACGUUGCCUUGCACGCCUUCAACGGCGUGUACCUGGUGCUCAACCUACGAGUGUUGGUGUUCCCCACGAGACUGUACCAUUUCUACCACACAUUGGUGUUUGGCCUUCUGUACAUUUUGGGGCGAAACGUAGCCUAGUGGUAAAUCGUUCGCUUGAUUCGCGGUCGGUUUGGGAUCGACCCCCGUCGGUGGGCCCAUUGAGCUAUUUCUCGUUCCAGCCAAUGCACCACGACUGGUAUAUCAAAGGCUGUGGU